CUCACCCGGUCUGAUGUGAUGUUCAGCCCGCAGCAGCUCGGCAGUGCGGUGGCCCGCCGCUAGCUCAGCCUGACACAUCGCUUUGCUCCUCCAAUAACAACCAAACUUUAUCAAACUGCUCAGAUGCGUCUGAACGGUCUGGACUGCCCUAACGCACCUGGUUGGUUUCUAACUUGAGCUCUUGCUAGUUCCAUAGAGAGACCGAGCGUCGUGAUUUACCGUACAUUUCGUGACGCCUGAUUGCCAUGGAAACAGUGGUGCUGCGCUGAGAGGAAAGUGUCCGUGUUAACUUCAGCAUCAACCUCUCUGCCGGGGUCGGAGAAACCUGUUGGAUAUCUCACUGGUUUAUGCUUCUCUUGUUGCUACUCUGGCUUUACUUUCCAUUACAUAAACCAGACCUCUAUUUCACAGGUGAUGAUGAUGGAGCUUCAAACGGAGAAGAGGUUCCACAACUUGACCCUCGAACAAAUCCAAGCUCUGGAUAAGGUCCUGACUGAGGUGAUCCCCAUCCACGGACGAGGAAAUUUCCCCACGCUGCAGGUGAAAGCCAAAGACAUCAUUCGCGUGGUGAAGGAUCGGCUGAUCGAGAGAGACAUCCAGGUGAAAGACAUACGGCUUAAUGGCGCGACCGCCAGCCACAUCCUGGUGAGGGAUAACUGCCUGGGCUACAGAGAUUUGGACAUCAUUUUCGGAGUGGAGCUGCCCCGGCAGGAGGACCUCCAGGUGAUAAAGGAGGUGGUGCUGUGCAGCUUACGAGACCUCCUCCCUUGUGGAGUCAACAGACGGAAGAUCACCUGCCUGACGAUGAAGGAGGCCUACGUGCAAAAGAUGGUGAAGGUUUUCAACGAGCACGACAGGUGGAGCCUCAUCUCACUUUCUAACAACAGAGCUAAAACCGUGGGGCUCCGAUUCGUCAGCUCCCUUCGAAGACAGUUUGAGUUCAGCGUGGACUCCUUCCAGAUCAUAUUAGACCGUAUGCUGGAGUCUUACUGGGAGACUGAAAGGAAACAAGGAGGAAAGUUGGCAUUUAAUUUGUCUAAAAGAGACAACGAGGAUGAAAACAAAGAGCAAGAGAAAUCAAGCAUUCCUCGGGAUGUUGAAGCAGAUGUUGAGAAAGUCUCCAGCGGAGAAAGUCCGUGCCAGGAUGAAGCAGUUUCUGUGCUUGAGAAAGAGCGUCCACAUGCAGAGGUUGAGCAUGUGGAUGGAAAGCAUGAGGCACGGGAGGUGUUAGAACCUGAGAGCAUCAACUUACAGCAGGAGGAAGUGGAUGGCAUAGAGGAUGUUCAUUCAGAGGAGGACAUUGUGUUUGAGAUAUGUGAAGAAAACAGAGAAGAGAAAGGACAGUUUCACAGCGAUUAUCCUUUAGUUUCAUCCCCUAAAACUUUAUUGCCAGAUGUCAGGGAUCCACUGAUGACACAUGCAUGUAAUGAAGAGCUGUCUGCGUCACAAGCCUCCCAACCGGCAGAAAAGUCAGCUCCACAAGAAAAAGUCCAUUGUGCAGAAGUGUCUCAGUUCACAGUCGACUCUGUGGUCUGCAGGACCGAAAACCCCUCAAUCCUACAAGAUUCACACCUUGAAUUUUCCUUUCCUCCUCCAGCUAAGAAAACUUGCAGCACAUCACAGGACAUUGUGCCGGACUAUUGCCCCUCACCAAAAUUACAAAGGAAAAUGUCAAGGAAGUUGAUCAGUAAGCCUGAGAAAUGGUCUUUGCUGACCGAUUUGUCAGAUCUAACAACGCAGCUGUUUCCACCUAUAGAAAUACCCAAAUCACUUCAGCCAAAGCCACCUUUACUGGACAGCACUCAAGCUCACGGCUCAAAUGUUCCCGCCUCCAAGCCAGAGAGCUUAGACACCCUUCCAGCUCCCACAUGCAGUCCAGCCAGUAAGCUUCAGGGUGGGACCGGCUCGAAUGAAACCGUGGAACAAACUGUUAAGCCGAAACACUCAAAGAAGCCUCCCGAUUCAGAGACUCAAAGCCACGCACACACAGCGAAUGUACAGCCUCGUAUCAGUGAGCAAACGUCGGAGCUGGCAGACACCAUCUCGAACAGGUGUGGUACAAGCUCAUGGGCCGGGGCAGCAGGGCAGCCCACCAUCACCGUCGAAGCAGAGUGCAUGUACGGCGACUUUGAACAGGCGAUGGAUCACCUCCGCCACCGCCUCAUCGCCACCCACAACCCGGAGGAGAUCCGAGGAGGGGGCCUGCUGAAAUACAGCGAUCUGCUGGUGAGGAACUUCAGACCGGCCAGUGAGACAGAUUUCAAGUCCUUGGAGCGAUAUAUGUGCUCCCGCUUCUUCAUCGACUUCCCCGACGUGAGCGAGCAGCAGCGCAAGAUCGAGGCCUACCUGCAGUGCCACUUCAUUGGCAACGAGGAGACGAGCAAGUACGACUACCUGAUGACCCUGCGGCGCGUGAUAGACGAGAGUACAGUGUGCCUGAUGGGGCAUGAGAGGAGGCAGACGCUCAAUAUGAUCACAGUCCUGGCUCUGAGGGUGCUGGGCGAGCAGAACGCCAUCCCCAACACUGCUAACGUCACCUGUUUCUAUCAGCCGGCCCCGUACAUGACGGAGCCGAUCUACAGCAGCUACUUCAUCACCCAGGCCCAGCCCCCGCUCGUCUACCACCCCUACCCGCUACAUGUGCAUAUGCAGACUGGCCUGGUGUAGCUCCAGUGACAUGCCCACAGGAAGGCAUGUGGGCUGCUUUCAGCAUGGUGCUCUGCAAGCAGAGGCACAAAUGGAAGUUUUAACGACAACAGGCAACCACAGGCGCGGUGUUGUUUGAUGCUUUGAAACCCCUCCUGCUUAUGAUAUGAAAGAUCAUGAAAGGCCAGAACUGAAAGGGGUCUGGAGGCAAAGCAUGUUACCCUUUCAAGAUGAACACUUUUGAAAAGGAAAAGAAACGCUAAGAGCCCACUUUUCAGAGAGCUCGUGGAGAUGAUUUCAUUGAAGUGGAAGGAUUUUGUUUACGGCUGUUUCAGGGCUGUAUACUGGUCACCACGAGGAGAAUGUUAUAAUAUGACAAUUCUCUAUGGAGAUAGACUUCUCCAACGUAUAAAAACAUCAUCUAUGAAACACCUGUUGGCAGCAAAAAUCUUGAUUUGGUUAAAGUUUGAAUAAUGAUAAAUCCUUAACGUUUCUGAGGGGUUAAAAACCUUCCAUAUAGCUGUUUUGUGAAUCAUCAGUCUCUGUGGAGUAAAUUUCAGCAUGUGACUAUACCUGUGUAUUCACUGUAUAGAAAUAGAACACCAUUUACUGUGGGCAUACUUUAGAUAAAAUUAGCUGUGGUUUCCAUGAUAUCGUAAGUUCUAUAUUUGUGAAUGUAUACCUAAUUUCAAAAGUAGAAACAAGAGAUCCAAGGUUAGAGUUCCAUUAGGGACUGUGUGAAAAUUAUCGGGGUGGUGAGUCGGGCUGAACCUUGUGUUACCUUCUUGAGGGUUAUUAAAAAUAGUAACAACCAGAGUUAAAGUUUGGGAAAACAUCUUUAUUUAUUGUUUAUUAAGAGUUUAACUCAUCUGAUCUGCUUCAUCAAGACUGUGUAGGUGUGAUUUGAUCAGAUUGGAUUGACACAUUAAUUAAUAAAUUCUGAUGACAUCGCAUUUUUCAAGCGAGAAUAGCAAUGACAAAAAUGGACAAAAACCAGAAAUCUCUGAAAAACUUUUCAAAGUUGGGCAAAAAAAUUUGUCGGACCCCGUCUCUCAUAAUGAAAAGAAAAUGUUUUGGAGGCCUUUAAUGUUUUCUUUGAAAAUUAAAAGGCUAUUUACACUGCAAAAGAAAAGUUGUAAAAUAUAAAUUUAGGACGAGAGAAAAAAAAAAAUCUGACUCAAUAAUUUCUGUCAAAAGAACAAAUUUUGACCCCCUAAUAAUUUUCCUACAGCCCCAUAGAUUAAAAAACUCCCAAUCAAUGACAGAUGUUUUGGUGUUAGGGAGUGUUUUUUU